CAACAUUGGUCCGAGGGUGGAGAGCAGUUUCCUUUCUUCGCAGAUGCUGCUUGACUUAUUCAGCUGACCCAGGAAACUAGUGCUCCAGUCUUGUGUCUCCGAACAAUUUAGCCAGUCAACUUUUGAAGUGAAGAUAAUUUGCGGCAGUACCAUUUGGUUAGGAGGGAGACACCGUGGAGCCCUUGGAGCUAUAGGAUACAUGAUACCUUCUAUAUUAAGCGACAACUGAAGCAUUCGAACAGCCAGUUAGGAGGCCUUGAUUGUGGUCGUUGAGUUUAAACAUCUGGCUGUCCGCCUGCUCACUUGUACAUGAUAUAAAUUGUUAGUUUGCUUUACAACUCUCAACUCAAAAUUCUUAAUUCUCUAGCCCUAAAACUCCGAACAAAAUGCUCAGAUAACAGAGAAAGGUACAGAAACCUGAAGAUCCACACUCGACGAUUUCAGGAACAGCUUCUUCCCUCCGUGUCGUCAGAUUUCCUAAAGGUCCCUGAAAAUUGCAUCGGUGUUCUUUUCCCGUUUGCGCUAUUUAUUUUGUAAUUCAUAGUGAUUUAAUGUCUUUGUACUGCACUACUGCCGCAAGAUAAGACUGAUAAUGACCCUGAUUUUGAUUAUACAGAUGCUGCCUUAAGACAUCGAUGUUACUGUAAUUGAAGAAAAUCAAAGCACUGGACGAAUUCCGUGGGGAUGAGGCAGAAAAGGACAGUGGGCGUCUCGGGUCAAGACCCUUCAUUAGGACUGCCUAACCCACUGAGUUGGUCCUGCACUUCCUGCAGAUUUCAACAUUGGCAGGCUCGUGUCUAACCGAACAACCCGGUUAUUUUGACUGGUGGUUAAUUUAAUGCUUGAGAUGAAUCAAACUUGUUUACUAAGUGCAGCUGUAUUGAAAGAUGAUUAGAUAAUCUGCCGUUUGGGAACAAAAAUGAUACCUCAUAGAUUGAGGGGGGAAGUUUGGACAGAUUUCACCUCUUGAUAUCAUUAACUGUUUUUCUAGCGUUUCAUGUUGAUUUCUGGUUGGUUGGCUCUGCUGUCAAUUAAAUAAUACGGCGGGACUUUCCUAAGUAGCAGACCACUUCCGCAUUGAGGCACCGAAGGAGUGAUUUCUCCCCCCGAGAAAGGGAACUGAUAAGCGCUUGCGGUUGUUGACCGAGGUGAAGGAUGGAGGCGAGUGCUAGUGCGGCCGCGAAAGAACCGGGGAGGUGCACCGAACAUAGUAAGAAGCUGGCGUACUUCUGCAAACGGGAGAAGCUGAGAGUUUGCAGCAAGUGUGCGAUCUUGGGAUCGCACCAAGGGCACCCCGUGGUUCCAGUGGCAGAGGCAUUAAGUGAGCUGAAGGAAUUGCUGUCUGUGUGUUCAGAAGAAUUGGAAUCCAAAUGUUUGAAGCAAAACUUGAGAUUGGAAGAGAUUGACCGAAGUGUGACCAAAACCAAGGAAGAAGCUGAUGCGCUCCAGCGCCAGGUGGAAGAUGAUUUUGACGCUUUGAGGCGUUUCCUGGAUGCAGAGGAGAAGGCUCUGAAGGAGCAGAUAUCUGCUGAGGCACAGGGGGUCUUGCAAGAACUGAGCAAGUUGAAGAUGGAAUGUUCGCAGAAAGUGGGAGGUCUGACUGGGCUGGCUGAGCCUCUCCACUCAGCAAUGCAGACUGACAACCUGAGUGAAAUUUUGAAGGUGCUGGACAUUUCCUCUGACGGAUCGAGCUGCUUGAGUGGAACUGUGAAUGAGCCCAUUGUCCGUUUUAAGAGUGAGAAAUUUCUUGGCCCACUGCAGUACAAAGUCUGGAAGAAGAUGUUUCAAGUAAUUCAGACAGUGCCUGAAGACUUCACCUUUGAUCCUUUGACCUCCCAUCCUCACCUUGAAGUUUCUCCAAACCGGCGGACGGUGAUAACUCGCCGUGAGGCAUUGCCGGUGCCUUAUGCAGAUGGGAGAUUCGACACCUGUCUAUGCGUGCUCGGUAAUGAGCCAAUUUCCUCAGGAAAGCACUACUGGGAAGUGGUUGUUAGAAAUAAGACCAAGUGGGAUCUUGGUGUUGCCUAUAGUUCUGUACCUCGUCACGGGGAUCUCAUCUACAAACCUAGUAGAGGCAUCUGGUGUUUGACAUUACGGUAUGGCUCUUGGUAUGAAGCCUGUGAUGAGAAUGACAUUGAGCUUGAAAUUCAGCACAAGCCGGGCCAAAUUGGUAUCUAUGUGGACUACGAGGGCGGUGUGGUAUUGUUUUUGGAUGCCGAGACCAUGCAAACACUACAUGUUUUCCGAGCAUGUUUCACAGAACAGCUUCUGCCUCUUUACAGCCCAUGCAUAGUGGAAGAGGGGGCUUCAACUGACCAGCAACUCACCAUUUUCAGAUUGUAUUUGCAUCACUAAGAGCAAUGUUCAGUGUGUGUGUGUUUGCUGUCUGCGAUCGCAACAGAGGGACCCACUGCUCAUUGUUAAUGAGUAUCGACUGAAUUUACAACUGAGAGAAUAAAGUUCAGGUUUUGAGUUGUUAA